AUGAGUUGGCUAUGCUGGAACGUGCGCGGGCUUAGGAACCGGCGCACCGUUCAUGAGCUCGAAGCUUUAGUCCGAGCACAAGAUCCCGUGGCCCUGUUUUUGGCUGAGAUGUGGGCUGAUGAAGAAAGACUUCACUUUGUUUGUAAUAAAUUGAACUUCGAUCAUGCAUGGAUUGUCCCUCGGAUCAACAGUACUGGGUGUCUCAGCCUUUUUUGGAAGAAGACAGUCCAUAUCGAAGUGAUCUCCUCCUCGCCGAACCAUGUGGAUAAGAUCGUUGGGAACUCCGACGAGGAUCGAUGGCGCUUUACCGGUAUUUACGGUUUUGCGGAUUCUAGAAGGAAGCAAGAAACUUGGGCGCUGCUUCGCCAGCUGCACCGUCGUAUCUCCCUCCCCUGGCUCUGUGCAGGAGACUUCAACGAAAUAAUGUGGGCGCACGAAAAAUUGGGCAGGGGUCCGAGACAAGAUCGAAUGAUGAGGGAGUUUAGGGAAGUCCUGGAUGAGUGCGGUCUAAUGGAUUUGGGCUUCAGAGGGGAGAAAUAUACUUGGAAAGGAAAACGCCAGGGGGGUUUGGUCUUGGAACGGCUUGAUCGGGCAGUAGCAAACAACUCUUGGUUUGCUUCCAACCCGGGAACUCAGGUACAACAUCUUCAUUCGCACACUUCGGACCAUAGACCUAUCAUUGUGUUGCCGGAGGGUAUCUUCCCUAAGCCUUGUCGACCCUUCAAAUUUGAGAAAAUGUGGCUUAGCGACAGGGGAUGCUCUGAUACUGUCAUCUCGGCUUGA